GCUCCCGGAGCGCCCCCUCCUCCACCCCGCCUGUCACUGAGGCUCCUUCAACAAAUGAAGAAAAGCUCUAUUUGAGCUUUUAUCUGACCGAUGUAAAUUGGAUGGGAUUUUCAUUGUAAAGAAGAUAUUUGGUGUUUAAACGGGUAUUUGCGUUACCCGUAAACCCGUUGCGGUCGAGUCGAUCCCGACUCAUAGUGACCCUGUAGGACGAAAUAGAACUGCCCAGGGUUUGGUUAUUUUGCUGUUUAUAGGGUUUCCAAGGAGCGCCUUGGUGGAUUCAAACUACUCGACCUUUGGUUAGCAGCCUUACGCCACCAGGGUUUCAAUAUUUGCGUUAGAGACGGACUAAAAAGAACACUGGGACGGGGACCAUGGUUUAUAAAUAGUUUUCCUAAUUCUCAGGGUCCUCAUCUUUACCAGGGUUCUUGUGAAGAUCAAUGAGGUAGUAUAUGUGAAAGUACUUGUAAAAUAGGGAACACGUGUGGUAUGAUAUUUCUCAUUUUCACCAUCACCUUUUAAAGUUACCACCGAGAAUUCAGAGAAAACUCAUUUGAUGCACCUGCGUAUAGUCCUCUGGGGGAAUUCUUUAACACUUUUUUUCUGUACUUAAUCCAUAGAUCUCCUGGCGUUUAUUCUCCUCUAUGAGGAGAUUGGAAGAAUCAGGCUAAGCAUCUUGUGACAUAUGCUUUUUCUUGUCGUAGCUACAUUGGUGGUUCAGUGGUAGAUUUUUUUCCUUCCAUGCAGGAGACCAGGUUUGAUACCAGCCAACGUGUGGAAGCUUGCGUGUAGCCGUGAUGCCGAACAGAUUUCAACAGAACUUCCAAACUAAGACUAGGAAGAAGGGCCUGGCAAUCUAUGUCUGAAAAUCAGCCACUGGGUGGCUUCCAACUGCCACUGUUUAGUUUAGCAGUUAGUUGAUUGCAAACUGCUUGCACCACCCUGGCUCUUAACAAAGCCAUUACAAGUGGGAUAUUAAAAUUACAAAUCUGAUAUUACAUAUAUUGUGGUAUUAUAAAAAACUACUUUGUCAAAUGUUAUAAAUACAUUUUUUCUUUUUAGAAAGGAAUUUAUGACGAGGCAAUAAGCAGCUUCUUUAGAAAUGUGGAUACCAGGUAAGAAGGGAUUAAAGUCUGUCAGCGUGAUGAACCUUUACUGUCAGUACGUUAGGAGAGCAGCCUUCAAAGACGAAGGACAAAAAAAACAGCUGAUAACUGUGAAGAAGGUUGCUGGCUUUUUGUUUGUUUUUCCCAUUACCAAAAGCGUAUUCUGCAGAACAGGACAACAGUUUUUCUGUUGAAGCCAUGUUAAACAAAACCUUUAGCAUGACUUUUUUUUAACUUUGAAAUAAAGGCAGGCAGAAAUUUUUCACUGAGGAUAUCUUUUUGAGGCAUCCGUUGAUGGUAAACUUUUGAAAGGAAAAUGUAUCAUUUACUUUUCUCUGAUAUUUAUGGCCCAGGAUAUUUGCUGUGUGAAUAGAAUAUGCUAGAAAGGAGAAAACAGAUUAUCAGAUUACAUUUGUUUAUUUAAUAAAGAAUAUAUGUAAGUAUCAUAUCUUUUAUCUGAAACAGUCAUUUAAACUGACAUUCAGGGUUUGUUCAAAGCUUUAAGUAUUAAAUCAUCAAAUACAUGGAGGGGGAAAUAAAAUUAUAGUUGAUUAGUUUUGAUUUGAAUUACCUUUUAAACUCAGAUUUUGUGUAAAGAUAAUGUUGAUUUUUAUCAUAUUUCCCUUCCAGCCUUGCCACAGACAAAACAAAGGGAAAAAAAGCAUUGAUUCUCUAAAAGAAUUUUAAUUUUCUGAUAUGUUUUAUUCACUAUUGGUAAUGUGUUCAAGCAAUUACAAUAAUAACAGAUUUUGACUACGUAGUGUGAUAUGUUCCAUCAGCCACAACCAGUGAAGGAGAAGGUAAAGGCAGAGUGAAAUGAGAUGUCACUUCUUUUUUAGCAGUGUUGGUUAAAUGAACUGGGGAGGAGGUGACUACCAGUAAUGUGGGUAAUUCUUAGUAUUGCCAUGAAAAUCAUGACAGCCUAUUUUUUUUUAAACUUAGAAAUAACACAUGCCCAAUAAUAGCUGGGUGUUCUAUUUAAACACUUGCUUUGCUAAAAUCUGAUUAGUGAAUGUUGUAUGAAUUUUCUAAGUAUCUCAUAAAACUAAACAACGCUGGGCUUUAACUGAAAAAUACGUUAAUAUCAGGUUUUAAUGUAGUCCAAUAAAAAUUUCAAUUUUAGUUUGUAUUAGUUGGCUAGAUAUUUCUUGCAGGCAGUUAUUUCCUAGAGAAGGCCAAUUAGUCCCUUCUUCUUUGGUGAAUUCCAAAGCCUGGCCCUCAGGACUACAAACUCAGAAAUCUUAUUUUUGGCACCAGGAGAAUAGGUCCCUUGCUCUUGAGUACAGUCAGAUUAACCAAACUCUGAGAGAAUGAGGUUAAAAUGCAGAAAAGUCAAUUUACUAAUUGACUGUAAAACUAUAACUGAAAAACACUAGAUACACAUUUUCCAUCAUAGGUACAUUCUCUUCUGUGAGAAAUCUACCUGGAAAGCUACAUAAUAAUCACACCAAGGGAAAUUAGAUAUAUUUCGUUAAUGACAGAGGUCAUCUAUCUUUAUUAUAUGGAGAUACCUGUCAUAGAUUAGAUUCCUUCUUGAUUGUGGACCAGAACACCUUCUCCUCUAAAAGCUAUUAAGAGAGAUGCUACUCAGAUUUGUUUUUAUAAUGCUUUUAGGUCCCUCUUUUGCUAACUAUAGUCACUACCCCCAACCCUUCCUUUCUGGAUGGCCACUUUUCAUUGAGUAUUACAUAGUUGAGACUCAGCAUGCAAGCAGUUUUCUCCAAAUAAGGUGAUUUUAUAUACCCAAAAAAAACCCAGUGCGAUUUUAUAUACUACACACCAAUCUACAGUGUUUGGUCUUAUUGCCCCAAUAUCAAAUUUGGGAAGGCCAGGAAAGAAGCGUGUCCAUGUAUUGACAACAUAUAUUGCAUCUGUUCCAGAUAUUGGUAAUAAAAGUCUUUUUCAAAUAUAAAACCACAUCAUGUACACUUACAUAUUUUUUGAGGAUAUUUUCAUAGCUUUUUAAUAGUAUAAAGGAACUUACCUAUACCAGAGGUUGACAAACCUUUGCAAAGGGCUAGACAGUAAAUAUUUCAGCCUUUGCAGCCCUUAAGGUCUGUGUUGCAGCUACUUGACUCUGCCAUUGUGAUGUGAAUGCAGUCGUGGAUAAUACAUAAAUGAACACACGUAUCUAUGUCCCGGUAAAACUCUAUUUAUGAAGGAAAGUAACCUAAGAACCAUAGUUUGCCAGCCCCUUACCCACAGCAUCAUCUAUGCUCAAUUCAGCUUCCUUUUGCAUAUUCUGGCUUCUCGUGAACUAUAUUGACCUAUGUUCGGUCAUAGAUUUAGGUACUUAGCUAACUUAUUUCAACAUGAAAUUCUCAGAAUAGUCUUAGAGACCCAGUGGUAUAACGAUACACCAGUUGAUGUGUGUUUGACUGCAGAAGAAAACUUGACUAAUGGUGGUUUAAGCAAUAAAGACAUCUAGUUACCUCACAAGAAAUUCGGAAGUAGAGUAUUCUGUGUUUAGAGGAGUGCCUCAAAGACCCAGAUAUUACCUAUUCUAACAUUCUUGCCGUAUUGGCUUUUCAACAUUGUGUUUGUCACUUCAUGACUACAAGAAAUUUGUUCCAGGAGUCACAUCCAUGUUCGUGUUCAAGGCAAGAAAACAGGCGAAGGUUGGCAACAGCUGCACCUGGUCCUUCUUACCAGAAAAGUUUCCAAGUAUACCUCUUUGUCAUCGGCCAAAACUGGAUUAUGAGAUAAUUGCAUUACUACAAAGAAAGCUUGGGGGGAAAUAAAUACCUCACUUUCACCCUAAUGGGAAAUAAGCAAUGGAGAACAAGAGUGACUGUUGGGUCUGCCUUACCUGUCCUAUAACCAGCUUACAUAAAUGGAAGUUAACUGUAUGACCUGAUAAAACUGUUAACUACAGAAGACCUUAUAACCUUUUCUCAUUUUUUUAUCUUUCAGAGUGGUUGGUGAGGGUGGCAGUAUUUCCAAGGGAAAAAUACGUACUUUAAAAGCACGAGCUGUCUUGAUUGACAUGGAGGAAGGAGUGGUGAAUGAAAUUCUACAGGGACCAUUGAGAGAUGUAUUUGAUAGCAAGCAGCUCAUCACUGAUAUUUCUGGCUCAGGGAAUAAUUGGUGAGAAUAUACUGAACAUGAGAAUUGAAUGUCAACCUAGGAAAGGAAAAAAAAACUUUUUAAUAGGUCCUGCUGGCACGAAAGCAAGGGCUGUAGGUCACAAUGUUUUUGGCAGUCUUUACCGAGAACAAAUUUUGGAGAAACUCAGAAAAUCAGCAGAGCAGUGUGAUUGUUUGCAGUGUUUCUUUAUAAUACAUUCCAUGGGAGGAGGAACAGGAUCUGGACUUGGCACAUUUCUUUUAAAGGUGCUUGAAGAUGAGUUUCCAGAAGUAUACAGAUUUGUGACCUCAGUUUAUCCUUCUUGUGAGGAUGAUGUUAUAACCUCACCUUAUAAUAGCACCUUGGCAAUGAAGGAACUUAACGAACACGCAGACUGUGUGUUGCCCAUUGACAAUCAAUCUUUAUUUGACAUCAUUAGCAAAAUUGACAUCAUGAUGAAUUCUGGAAAGUUGGGUAAAACUGUGAAACCAAAGAGUCUGGUUACUUCAAGUGCAGGGGCUUUAAAAAAGCGGCAUGAAAAGCCCUUUGAUGGAAUGAACAACAUUGUGGCAAAUCUGCUGCUCAACCUCACAAGCUCUUCAAGGUUUGAAGGGUCACUUAAUAUGGACCUUAAUGAAAUCAGCAUGAAUUUAGUUCCUUUUCCCCAACUUCAUUAUCUUGUGUCAAGCCUGACGCCUCUGUAUACACUGGCAGAUGUUAACAUUCCCCCUCGAAGGUUGGAUCAAAUGUUUUCAGAUGCUUUUAGCAAAGAUCACCAGCUAAUUCGGGCUGACCCCAAACGUAGUCUCUACCUCGCCUGUGCCUUAAUGGUUAGAGGAAAUGUACAGAUUUCAGAUCUUCGCAGAAAUAUUGAAAGAUUAAAACCUUCGCUACAGUUUGUCUCCUGGAAUCAAGAGGGCUGGAAGACCAGCCUAUGUUCAGUACCUCCUGUGGGCCAUUCUCAUUCAUUAUUAGCUUUAGCAAAUAACACAUGCGUGAAACCUACCUUUAUGGAACUGAGAGAAAGAUUCAUGAGGCUCUACAAGAAAAAAGCUCACCUUCAUCACUAUCUACAAGUUGAAGGAAUAGAGGAAAGCUGUUUUACUGAAGCUGUGUCAUCUUUAUCAGCGCUCAUACAAGAAUAUAACCAACUGGAUGCCACAAAAAGCAUGCCUAUACAAGAUUUACCUAGACUAAGCAUAGCUAUGUAAAAAAUAUAUUAUGCCAGCUUUUAUUUUUUCUUAGUUUCACAUUUUUAGUCACUUUACCUUUCUGUUUCACCAUUUUUGUGAUUCAGAAAGCCCAGUUUGUGUUUCUUAUAUUAUCAGGAAAUUUGUUUUGUUUUGUUUGCCUAAAAGAGCAGCUGCCAUUUAAUAACAAUUUGUUGAUGAUACCAGUGGUACAAUUAGUGAAGUCUUAAUUAAUAACUUUAAACAUUUGUCUUCAGUAAGAUACCCUUUUCUAAAAUUGAGAACAACGAAGUGCUUUAACAAUUUAUUUUAUUAGCAGUCUCAUAUUUAGGCACACAUACACUGAUAAUCAUGUCUUUAAUAAAAAUCUUGUACAGAUGUAUUUUCGUAUUUAUUUAUAAUUUAUAUUUUGAUCUUAUUUUUAAAUUACCCUGAUUUCUAUAUAAUAUCCACUUUCAGGGGUAGGUUUUGUUAUAACUGUUCAGGAAGCUUUGUUUCUUUUUUGUUAACUUGUUUGCACUCAGAAGAAUCACAGUUUAUGUCUUUAUUUUAACAUGUAUUUUUAUUAAAUUAUUUUUAAAUAUUGCUCUUUUAUCAAACAACUUUAUAAUAAUAAAUGUCCAUGAUUUUAAAUAUUACUACUUGUUAUUAUUUUGCAUGUCACCAUUAGUACAUGUGAACAGAACAGUACUAAGCUUGAUAUGUUCUUCCCUACUUGGCAAUAAGUGACUGUAAUAGCCUAGUGAAAUUGUUCCAAUUUCUAUAAUCUACAAUUUUUGUCUUUAACAGUAUUUAUUUUAAAUCAUAACUUAUUUGAAAUGCACAGGUUGAUUUAUCAUUUAAUGAAGUAAUUUUAGGAACAGUUUAUUUUCAAGCCAAAACAAUCUGUUGUGUGCUUUCUUUAUUGUUCUGUUUUCAAGGUUUCUUUCCUUUGCAAAUUAACGAUACUAUUUUUGGUUUUUAUUAUGGGAAUUUAAUUUUGUUUUUAGUGUUUGAUAUAAGAACUUUUGGAAUACAGUUGUUAACAAUGGCCAGAGAAGUUACAUUCCCUCCUUCCUGAAAGGCAGUGAAAAUUAUAAAUAUAUUAAUACUUCAAUCUUCUUUCUAUUCAAGAAUUAACCCAGAAUCUUGCUCACCCUAUGAUUAUCAUCUGAUGGGAGCCUAGACUACAUUGUCAAAGUACUGACAAAGUUUUAAAAAUCUGAUGUGCUUUUUACAUAUCUUCAACACAGAAAAGCAUGUUCCAUAUUUUUUGUAGAAUAAAAUGUCUUCUUGUAAAUUGUAUAAUUUUUCCAGUAUACAUGGAAUUCAUAAUUGGAGUCAAAUAGCAUUCUAUUUAUUAUAUAAUUAUAGGACAAAUUUUAGAAAUAAGUGUUCAAUUUUACAUUUUUCAAAUCUCAUAUAUAUUUUUAAGAGAACCAUUUUUUUACAAGCUUCUAAUGCCUUAAAUGCAGUAAUCUGAGAAUAGCUAGGCAUUCUUACUCUUCGGGGUAUUUUAUUUUUUUAACUAAGAAAGUCGAUUUGCCACCCUUGUGUAGCCACUCAGAUUCUUUGGUGUAAUGACAUGAUUCACUAACCCGCCAUGUGCUUAUUUUUAUAGAAUCGUGAGCUCAGAAAAUAUAUCUCCUGGAUCUCUGCAGUUCCUCUGACAUACACAAGAUGUAAUCCACAGCAUCUUCCAUUUAAACGACCCUUCAUCUGGGCAGUCAAACUGAAUGGUGAUCAUUUUAGACUUAUUAGGGAUGCAGCAUCUCUUAUCCAGGCAUAUUCCACAGAAAAUGGGUUUGUAACUCUGAGUACUUGAGCAUCCAGAAAAGACAAAUUUUUCAGCUUUCGAGAGUUGGAAAGUAGGUUGGCAUGUUUUUCCUUUGGGGAUCUAAAAAGAUAAAAAAAAAUUAAGAAAUCAUUCUUUAAAUUUUAAGAGUUUAGAAAAGUGAUACUCAGAACAUUUUAUCUCACACAACUAUAAUUAUUUCAGGUACGUUAAUAAUAAUUACUGUUCAAUGACUUCCAGCACUCACUUCUCUACCUUUAAAAUUCCUUAUCAGCAGUCUUUCCUCCCUGUUUUUGUUCCAUCCUAUUUUUAUUAUAGGACCCACUCACCAGUAGUUUUUGCUAUCUCCGCUUUACUCAUUUCUGUAAUAGGUGGAAAUGUAUCGAAUCUGUUUAAUAUCAGGCCAGUGUCCUAUUAAAUGUUUGUAUUCCUAAGACUUAGCAAAUUCCCUAAAACAUCUCAGACGGUUUUGGGUGGGUGGGUAGAUAAAUAAAUAUCUUAAUCCCUUUAAAACUGAAUCGUCAACCUGCUGAUAUGAUAGGGAAGGAACUUGAGGUUGAGAAGGAUUUUGUAGCAUUUCUAAAAAUUACUCUGUUUUUAUAGUCAUAUUGCCUAGUUUUAGAAGGACUAGCUCUAGCUACACCCAGCAGUCUUAGAGUAUUUUAUCACAGUCUUUUGGCAAGAUUACUAUCUAAAGGAGCAUUUUGGAAAUGGUGCGAGCCCCCUCCAAGUUAAUGAUAUGUAACAAAGAUCAGCACUUCUUUACUCUGGUGUUCAUAAUGUACUAUUUUAUUACGAUGUAGCAACCAAAAUAUUUUACUCAUUGUUUUGAUCCCCUUACAUAAAAUUAAUACAGAAAAAAGAAGGUAAAACCUGAAAAGGGUCUAAUCUUAAAAGUGAUGUACAGAGUGAGACACCGCAACAAACCAACUGAUGAAAAUGCACGGUACUAAACUGUUACAUGUCUAGGAUCAACAGGAUAACAUUACCACUCUUAGUAAAAUUUUUCCAACCAAGUAUGAAUAGGAAUCAACUUGACAGCACGCAAUAACAAACAGAUUAAUAUCUGCUCUCCUCUUAGUUUGACUUUAAGAUUUAUAAUGAAUUGUUUUAUUUUUAUAAAAACCCAAAACCACAACACCAUCCCCCACUCCAAAACAUGUGCAAACACAUUUUAGAAGUCUCUUAAUGUUGAAUUCUUAUUAAGUUAAAUUUAAUUAAACUUUACCUUUACUGUCUUUGAUAUAUUACUGUUGCAAGGCUGAACAUAACACAGCCUUUUCUCUUUUCUCAUUUCACAGUUGCUGUUUUCAUUGGUUACCCUAUUAGAUAUUCCCAUCCCACAUGUUCUGGAACACGGUGUCCACUUUGUUGCCUGCACAAGACAUUUUCUUUUCCAAAUAAGUGGGGGAUUCCUAUAAGCUAAAGUAAAUGGAGAAAAAAAAUUAUAUAUACACACACAUAUUUAUGUGUAUUUAUGUAGAUAGUUAACUUUUAAUCAUUUUUAAACUAAUAGUUAACAGAAUUGAUUAUUUUUAUUUUUAUGUAAGGUAACUCAGACUAAGAUUAUGGUCUUAUUGGUCAUUCUAUUUCCCUUUUUUCUCCCCUCCAGAUCACCUCUCAACCAAGUUUUACAGUCCAUUUUCUUAGGAGGAAUGAAAAUAACUAUCUUUGAAAAACAGUAAAUUUAACCGUUUGCUUCUUUCUUAGCAUAUCCUCUGAGUACUAAACCUAAGCUUUUGUUCUGAUUGAUGUCUGCCUUUUUCCUGGUUCUUGCCUCACUCUUGAUAUUAUUGCCAACAAACAUUGAAAUAGAUGUUAGUAGGAUUAGGGAAUGCAAGGUAUUAAUUGGAAUGAUGUGGUCUUAAUGUUAAAUUUCAUAUGUGAAAAUCUAACAACAAAAAUUAUAUUUGGGAAAUAGACUAUCUUUGAGACCAGUUAUGUUUACAUUGCUUGUUUUAAUCUAGUCUAUAAAAUUAUCUAAAGAUCGAAGUAAAAUUACAUUGAACUGAACUAUCUAGGGAGCCCUGGUGGCACAGUGUUUAAGAGCUCAAGUUGCUAACCAAAAGGUCAGCAGUUUGAAUCCACCAACCUUGGAAACUCUAUGAGGCAGUUCUAAUCUGUCCUAUAGGGUUGCUAUGAGUUGGAAUCAACUGGCAGUGGGUUUGGUUUUUGAGUUUAAACUAUCUAAUCAUUAUAUACUAAGUCAUUGCAAAAGUGUACUCUGUUGCAGUCAUUCAGCUUAAUUGUCACAUUCCCUGUAGGAUCAGGCCCACACUACUCCCUCCAUCGGCUAGCUAUUUCACAGCACUUAUGGAAAGAGAUGGGGAUAAAUGGACAGAUGGAUCUGUGGAUGGGUGGUGAGGUGGAUGAGUGAGUAGAUAGUUAGAGCCCCUCCACUGCCUGCUGCUUGGGAGAAACAGGAAAGGGAGGGGGCUGGACAAUGAGAAUAUCGAGAGGGCAUAAUGGCUCUUCUAUCUCCAUAGAAAACCUUUGGGAGCUUCUUGUGCUACUCAUGAAUGAAUCAGGCUCAUGGUUAAUUUUAAGUAAACUGCAUAUUGUUUCACUGUUUCAGGACAUUUCUCUAAGGUUAAUGUGCAUCCUAAAGUGGAUGCUUUGGGAAUAAGAUGGUGAUUUGGGUCUGUAGUUGGACAUAGCAAAAUUUUGGAUACAUUACCUCAAAAUUUUCACUUAGUACUCAAACAAAAUGCCUUCCUGAAAAGAAAUAUUAGUCAUUUUGAAUUUUGUGUUAUCUUUAAAUAAAAUGGCACUGCUUUCAGUUUUCUAAUAGUAAGUUUUUGAAAUUGCACAUAGAACUGAAGGAAAGGAGCAGAAACAUGAAGAUACCUUGAAGGCAGACCAGUUUAAAAACCUCAAUGCAGGAAGUAUAUUAAAAGCCUGGCACGCAUCUGCAAAAAUAAAGGUAGGUUAGAUUAUUGCAUUAAGAGUAACCCCACUUAAGCCAAGAGUUGCAGUUGAGGAAUUUGUUUAACAUUCAUUAAAAAGCAGGAAAACUAGAAGAGAUUUUAAAAGCUUAGUGUUGCGUGAGCUUUCAGAAAAGCAUGGGAGCAUUAUGUUAUUGCAUGCUUCAAACUGACCAAGCAAAAUUUGAAUUUCAUCCAUACAUCAUCUGGAAUUAACUAUAUAAUUUACUAUCACAGAUACAGUCCCUGGGUUACGCAUGAGAUCGUUCCUAAAUCUGUCUUUAAGUCAGUUUGUAGUAAGUUGGAACAGGUACAUAUGGUUUAUUCAGCGUUAGUCAAAUGCUUAUCUUAGUAUAUAUUUUACCUUUUUAUGCAUAUAAAGCACUUAAGAAACACUUCCAGAUAUACUUAAUAAUACAGGAAUGGUAGAAGUAACUUCUUACAGUACUCUUGUGAAGAGAGAAUCUGUAUGUGCAGGUAUAUAGUACUGUAAAAAGGGUAAACGGUUCUUAAAACAGUUUAGAUAGAAGACAGACCGUGAUUAAAGGUUAACUUACUCUCAUCCCAUAGAUGUCUCGCAUACCUCAGGGGCUUUCGUGAGGUAACGUUAUUAAAAACUGGAUAACGCAUAAGAUGAUGGAGAUGAUGGGCCGAGUGUCGGACAGGAUGGACCUGUUGCUGCAGAGUUAGGGUUUGAUUCUGCUGCUGGUGGGGGUGGAGGUGUUACAGCUACAGUCAGUUUCUUGAAGUAGGCAUCAAGGGAGGUUUUUACAGAGCUUUUCUUUUUCUCGUCAUAAAUGGCCUUGUAGCAGCUGGGGCCACCCCGCUUCAAUGAGAUGAAAGGCUUCAGCUAACUCUUUUGUCAAAAACUUUUUCAGCUCUGGAGUUUUUAGGUCCUGAUCUUCUUCAGAUGUUUUCAUCUGCUGCUCUAGUUAGGUCUUCACUGGUUAGUUCCUCAGCAUGAUAGUCACGUAACCCCACGACCUCAUUUUCACUGAUGUCUAACUGCAGUUGAUUACCAAUAUCAAUCACAGCUUGCCUGGCUUCAGCGAUGUUGUCAGCUGUAAACCCCUGAAAAGCAUGCAUGAAUUGGAGGCACAGUUUAUUCCACGCUCCUUUCAUAUUUGACUUCUUCAAGAUUCAGCAUAGAUGGCAUCAUAGAUUUUAUAAUUCCUCCAGAACUCCCUUAAGCUCAUCACAUCAUCUUGAGUAGCCCUGGCUGCUUGUGAGAAGAUCCACCAUAAAUAACUGGCCUUAAAGGAGACCAUGACUCCCUGAUCCAUUGACUAAAGUAGCAAUGUGGCGUUGAGGAGUAAAAAUGCAACCUUUACAUUGGGGUGAAGGACAUACAAAGUGCUUGGAUGUCUGGAUGCAUUGUCAAACACAAGGAGAAUCUUGAAAGGAAUUUUGUUGGCCAAACAAUAAUGUUCAACAGCAGGGACAAAAUGGUUCAGAACCAAUCUUCAAAGAUGGUGAUUGUAAUCCAAGCCUUUGCAUUUGCCUUCCAAAUAACAGGGAGAGAUACCUUAAUGGUACAGAGAAGUGCCCUCAGAUUUAGGGAGCGAUACACAAGCAAAGGCUUGAGCUUGUAAUAACCGGCUGCAUUACCCCCAAGCAAUAAUGUUAGCCUAUUCUUCGAUGCCUUAUGCCUAGGUGCAUUUUUUUCUUCUUUCAAAACGUAGGUCCUUUCAGGCCUUUUUUUCCAAGUUAUAAGCCAGUCUUGCCUACAUUAAAUAUUUGGUCUGGCAAAUAACCUCCCUCCUCAAUAAUUUUUUUCAGCAUUUCAGGAAAAUCACAGCAUUUACAUCAGUAAUCGCAGCUUCACCUUGCACUUCAAUAUGUAAAUUUCCCUUCUGUUUGAAACAAUUGAAUCAACUUUUACUCAAAGCGAUCACCUUCACUUGCUGCAUGUGCAGCUUUUAAAUUAUUGAAAAGGCUUCAAGCCUUUUUUUGCACUAAAGUAAAGCUAAUAGGCAUAUUACACUGAUUUUGAUUGUCUAACAAAAUUAUCAACAGCUUUCCAUUUCAAUAAUUAAACCACUGCAUUGCCUAGUAAUAAUUGUACCUUUCCUCAGGGCAGAGCCUUUCACAUGCUCCAUUAUUCUCACUUCAUCCUUUAAAAUUGUUCCAACCAUUGACCAACUGUACUGUAACGCUUUUCCAAUGAUCGAUGGCAUUCCUCCCCUUUUCAGUUGCUUCAUUAUUUCCACUUUACUUUCAGUCGUGAUCGUUUUCUUUUCUUAGAUGCACCACCAGCAUUUGCAUCAGAUUUAUGUUUUGCAGGCAUGGUUACAAGGGUAAAUAGAGGAAAAUUUAUGCCAAAUACAAAGUUACACACUCAACACGGUGUUAACAGCAACAUGAUCCGACUUAAAAGUGGAUGGCAGUCUCCUUCCUCAAUGAACCGCUGAAGCCGCGUGGCAUUUUCAUGAGUGUCACAAAGUAAUGGGUGCACUCGUUGUUACAAACCGUUGUAUUUAACUCAUAUUUUUAAUACAGUGGGUUUUCUGGCAGUCCUUAAGUACAAGUUCCCUGUAAGCUAGACGUUCUUAACCCAGGGACUUAACUGUAUAUCAUAAAGUGUGUGUUUUUGUACUUGUACUUAAUUAUAAAAGCCACACUCUUGUUUGGGCCCAUAAAUACAGUUUCACAGUUAAGCAGAGGAGAGAUGUUAGAGAAACUGACAUAUACUUCCUUUGAAACAUAAUGAAAAACAAACUCGUUGCCAUCGAGUCAAUCCCGACUUAUAGUGACCCUAUAAGUCAGAGUCGAACUGCCCCAUAGAGUUUCCAAGGAGUGACUGGUGGAUUUGAACUGCCUACCUUUUGGUUAGCAGCCGUAGCACUUAACCCACUACACCACCAGGGUUUCCAUCCUUUGAAACAUAGCUAGGCCUAAAUAUCUCAAAUACCAGAGAGUACUUGGAGAGAUUUUCUCAUUUUAUAGCAAAGCACUGACUACUAUAAAUAACCAUCUGAUGCCUCCCUGAAACCAGUCUCCAGGUGAAUCCACUGAAACUACUCUAAUUCUGUGAAUGAGACCAAGGGUCUUGUGAAAAACUGCUGCUUCCUCACCAGGGAGGCUCGCACAUGGGUUCUAAGGAGAGCCUUACACUGAGUCACUCAGAUCCAGUACAGAAAGCCAACUGUUCCUGUACACUUUGAUAAAAGAACAAUUUGGCUUAUAAUUUCAGAGAUUUUAGAGCAUUAGAGGUGUCAUGUUGGUAGCUGAGUAAGUACCCAAACCAAAAACCCGUUGCCAUCAAGUCAAUUUUGACUCAGUGACCCUAUAGGACAGAGUAGAACUGCCCCAUAGGGUUUCCAAGGAGUGCCUGGUGGAUUCGAACUGCCGACUUUUUAGUUAGCAGCCAUAGCACUUAACAACUACGCCACCAGGGUUUCCUGAAUAAGUACAGUAAAUACAAAUUCACUACAACCUAUUAAAUGUUUUACAAGUUAACUGACGUAAUCCCUGAAUAUCUUUCUUUGGUAGAGUUAUUAUCUAAAACUCAUUUCUCUGAGUAUAGUUGCUUUUAUAAAACAUUCACCUAUGUGAACUUAGGGCUUUUUAGCAUAUACAUAUAUUUUGUAUUUCCGUGGCACCUUUGAUUCAGGGGUGUGAGUCAGAACCAAACAUCAACAUUGCCUUUUUGAGCCCUUCCUGAACUGUGCUUAAUUUGCCAGCAUUUUUGAAGGUCUUGUCCCAAAAAUACCCUGGCACGUAAAUAAGCUGCCAAUUUAGAGUGGCCAGAUUACAAAGUUUACUAAUAUAUUUAAGCUAACUGCACAUAGUUAGGUGUUCAAGAUGAGUAAUAAAGAAUCUCACAUCAUUUCUCUGACUAUAUAUAUAUGUAUAUAUUUGGUGACCUACUUAAACAAGAUGUGUGUUUGUGGGUGUGUAAUUAUGUGGAGGGAGACAGAUUGGUAAUUGUUGAGCUUCAUUUUCAGAGUGAAUGAAAUAGUUUUAUAUCAGUUUUCUAUUUUUAGAAACAAUGCAAGUUCAAACAUGUGACAUUCCUCAAAUAAAGAAUUCUAAUCAGUAGCCUUCAAUUUCAGUUUAUAUCAUAUGGAAAAAUUGCCUUUGAAAAUUUUUGGAAUUGAGUACCUGUGAUAUAACAAUACAAAUAAAAGCUUUUCAGGGUACAUGUAAACAAUAUUUCUUCAAUUUUCAAGAGAAGAGGUUGAUUGAGAAUAACCAGAGGUAGUGAGAUUUAGAAUUUUCCUGACCUAGUAGAGCUUUUAGAAACCCUGGUUGCAUAGCAGUUAAAAGCUACAGCUGCUAACCAAAGUCAGCAGUUGGAAUCCACCCCGCGCUCUUCAGAAACCCUAUGGUUCCUGUCCUAUAAGGCCACUCGGAGUUGAAAUCCACUUGAUGGCAACAGGUUUGGUUUUUGUUUUGUUUUGUCUUUUAGUAGAGCUUUUAAAAAUUGAGAUAUUGUACCAAAAAAAUCUAGAACAUCAUAAACUUUCCACUUAGAAUAUAUUUGACUGAGGCAAAGACUAAGAGGGCACACUCAAACUAAAUCUCACUGCCCACCAGUCAGUAAGUACUUACUGAGUACCUACGGUAUAAAAGGAACAUGAACGAAAGCCACUAAAAGUCUUAUGUGAAAAACAAGACUGUUCUUCUUAUGAGUACCUGGCAUAGUUUUAUAGUUUCUUGAGAGCUGCUGUUGUAAUGGUCCCAGAUGACAGUUUGAUUGAUCAGCCUUCUUUUCGCCUUUAGUCCCAGAGCAGCGACUGUCAGCCAGCUUUGGUAUGAACAGAGGUGUGCAUCCGAUUACCCCACUCACACAAAGGCAGCUAAACAGGGGAUUGGGCUGAAACACUUGGCCAUUAUGAUAAUGCACCCCAUUGAGCUCACAUCCAACAGCUACAAGAUCUGAAAAGAGAAAAAAGCAGAAUUACUAAAGAAGCCAUGGCUUAUGAUAGUCUAGAGCUCCUUUAUGAAAUAUACUACUCAAUUUCUUAGGCUCCAGUUGGAACAUCCAAUUUACAGAACACCUAUAGAUAAUAGAAAGGUAAAAGGAGGCUUUUUUAUAUUUUUUGUAGGCUAUAAAUUCUAACCAGUAUAUUGCAGGCUAUAAAUCCUAAACGGGGAUCACCUUCAGAAUUAAGACCAAGAAAAGCCCCUGUCCUGAAGUAAAGUUAAUUAAAAAUCAGCAUGAGUAUAGCCGUGCAACAACGAUUAUAAAACUGAGAGAUGGGUUGAUUACUGUUGAGACCUGAGGUUUCCCCAGAGGUCCAACAACAGGCUAGGAUAUAUUCUCAGAAAGUCAAGAUGAGUAAAUGACUGACGAAACCAUAGUGUAACUACAGUACUGCAAAGUAACUAAUUUUUUUUGUUAAGAGAAUUGGAGAAAAUUUGUUUUUCACUUCCUCUGAGGGGUGUUCUUGAGCUAGGUCAGCACUUCUCAAAGUGUGGUCCAUGGUUCCCUCGGAGGUACUUGAGAUCCUUUCAGGGGGUCUGCAAAGUCAAAACUGUUUUCAAAAUACUAAGAUGUGAUUUGCCUUUUUUACAGUGUUAACAUCAAAACUGCUGUGCCUUAGCAUGAAUCAAGACAGUGGUUGCAAAUUGCACAGGUAGUCAUUAUUUACAGCCACUCAUGAUUAUUUAAAAAAAAAAGUCAGUUUCACUUAAUGUCUUUAAUGUGCAGUAAAAAUUAAUUUUAUUAAAUUUCAAACAUUGAGUGCAUGUCUUUUUAGUAUAAUGUGUGACAAAAUUGGAAGUAUGCAAAAAGCAUUUCUGUGUAGCCAAGUAUAAUAGCUGCCUUGAGGAAAAGCACCUGUGCUAUUGUUCAGGUUUGUAAGCCUAACUAGCCAUUUUUUUGGUGGAAUUUUACUUGAAGGAAUGAGUGACAGAUAAAUUAUGGUUAUUCAGAUUUGGGCAUUUGGAAAGUGAGCCUGUCAUUUCAGGGAAAAUAACUGACAGUAUUUGUUGCCAACAAUAGAAUUUGAGCUUUCAAGAAAAAUUCAAAUUUUGGAAAACUUGUAUCUGCCAUUGAGACACUGACUGCUGCCCAAUAUGUAGACUUUUCUGAAGAGAUUGGUGGAUAUAUUAAUGUAAUUUUUUAAUAUUAUAUAAUUAAAUGUAUCAACAUUUCGAAACUCUAUGGAACUUAGUACACCAAUAUUUUCCAAAUUUCCGAUGCAUGGAAUUAUAAAAUUAUGCAUGAGUGAAAGACCCAUUCCAAGCAGUUCGUGAAUAGACUAAUGGAUUUUAAUGUCACAGAGUUCUAAAAGCUCAAUGAUGAGGUGUCAAAUUCCACAAUGCAACUAACUUUUAAGAAAUUACUACUUAUCAAGUUUUAGUAUAAUAUCAAAAUAGAGUAUUCACAAUUAUCUGAAAAAUAUUCAAAUGCUUCUUCCUUUUACAAUUACUAUCUGAGUGAGGCUAUAUUUUCUUCAUAUAUUUCAACCAAAACAACUUAUCACAAUAGAUUGAAAGCAGAAGGAGAGAUGAGAAUCUAGCUAUCUUCUAUUAAGCUGAACAUUGGAGAGAUUUGCAAAAAUGUGAAACAAUACUAAUCUCACUAAAUUUCUCUCGUUGGGGGGAUAUGUGAUUUUUUCAUUAAAAUGUUAUUUCUGUUAAUAUGUAAAGGGUUUAUUGUUAUUUUUAAAUGAAUUAAUAAACAUUUUAAAUUUCUAAUCCAUUAAAUAGGAGCCCUGGUGGUGCAGUGAUUAAGAGCUACUGCUGCUAACCAAAAGGUCGGCAGUUCAAAUCCACUAGCUGCUUCUUGGAAACCCUACGGGGCAGUUCUACUCUGUCCUGUAGGGUUGCUAUGAGUCAGAAUUGACUCAAUGGCAAUGAAAUCCAUUAAACAUCAGUAGAUAUAACCCACAUAAGGAAAAGCUCUUUGGUUCCUCAGUAAUUUCUAACACCAUAACUCUUUAAAGUGUUAAAAAGCAAAGAUGUCAAUUUGAGGACUAAGGUGUGCCUGACCCAAGCCAUGAUAGGUUCAAUUGCCUCAUAUGCAUGCAAACACUGGACAAUGAAUAAGGAAGACUGAAGAAUUGAUGCCUUUGAAUUAUGAUGUUGGCAAAGAAUAAUACCAUGGACUGCCAGAAGAAUGAAUAAAUCUGUCUUGGAAAAUACAGCCAAAAUGCACCUUAGAAGCAAGGAUGGCGAGACUUCAUCUCACAUACUUUGGACAGGUUAUCAGGAGGGACCAGUCCCUGGGGAACAUCAUGCUUAGUAAAGUAGAAGAGUGGUCAGCAAAAAAGAGGAAGACCCUCAACGAGAUGGAUUAACACACUGGCUGCAACAAAGGGCUCAGACACAGCAAUAACUGUGAGGAUGGUGCAGGACCAAGCAGUGUUUCCUUCUGUGGUACACAGGGUCACUAUGAGUCAGAAAGUGUCAACAGCAACUAACAAAUGAAUCCUGAGACCAAACAUUUUAGAAAGCAUUGUUUUAGAUCAGGAAUCAGCAAACUUUCUGUACAGGACCGAAUAGUAACUGUCUCAGCCUUUGCAGGCCAUGCUGUCUCUGUUGAAACUAUUGGACUCGGCCAUUGUAAAAUAGUCAUAAACCAAAAAAAAAAAAACCCAAAUCCAUUGUCA